UUAUCUACUAGACAUUAAGACAAGUGACAAACUGACAACCGUAGUGACGAGUGACGACUGACGAGCGACGUUUUCCAUUUGACCGAUCGUCGCGCUGGAACGUUUUAGGCCUCGUCUGACUGAGACUGUCACGGUUAACCUCAAACAAAAUGUUAUCUGAUCGACGAUAGUGAUGAAUAAUGAUAGCGUACCGCGGACUGAUAGAGUUAAAACAUUUAAGUAGGUGUUUACUAUAUAACCUCGUGUUCUGAAUACAUCAACGUCAACAACUAAUUUGGUAUCAAGCAACAGUCGUCUUUUAAACCGUUUUUCGCAGUCGUCCACGACAGCGAUGAGUACCUCCGACGUAAAAUCACAAAACGAGUCAGUGGUUCCUACUGAAGUUGACGUUAAAAUAGAAUCACCGGCUAAAUCUACAAUUAUCAAAACCGAAAACGAGACAGUGGUUCCUACUGCAGUUGUCAACAAAGAAGAACAGCCAACUGUUAACAUACCCGCAAACCUUGAGCGAAACAUUGUUAAGCAGCUCAGUUUCUACUUCAGCGAUACCAAUCUACCUUAUGACAAGUUCCUACAAAAUGAGAUUAAAAAAGAUGAUGGCUGGGUGAAAAUCGAUGUGCUGUUGACUUUCAAAAGACUAGCAUCUCUGUCUAAAGACCCGGCAGUGAUUGCACAAUCGGUCAAAAAUGCCWCUGACAGCAUUUUGGAAGUCUCGGAGUCUGGCGAUAAAAUUAGACGCAAGGCAGACAGUGCUGUGCCAGUCGCCGAUCAAGAGUUCUUAAACGAGAUGAUUGCACGAUCCAUCUACUGCAAAGGAUUCCCAAAAACGGCUACUAUGGAUGAACUUUUGGAAUUUGCCUCAACCUUUGGUGACAAGAUCAUUACUAAAGUCACACCUCGAAGACUCAAAACCAAAGAGUUUAAAGGUACCCUUUAUUUUACAUUCAACACCAAAGAAGAAGCUGAGAAGUUUUUGAAACUAGAAUCUGUUAAAUACAAGGACGUUGAACUGGAACGCAAGUGGGAAAAAGAUUUCCUUGAAGAGAAGAAAAAAGAAUAUGAAGAUAAAUUGGCAAAAAAAGAUGAGAAAAUAAAAGCAGAGACUGAGAAAUAUUUUAAAAAAGGUUAUUUACUUAAAGUUGACAAUGUAGAUGCAUCUGUUACAGUUGACAGUAUUAAAACAAUUUGUACUGGAUUUGAAUGGCAAGUAGCCUUUGUUAAAAUAGUUGAAAAUGAAAAAUUAGCGUGGAUUCGAUUGAAGCCCGUGAAAGCUGCCAAAGACCUGUUGGAGGAGGUUGCUGAAAAAGUGAAUGAUCUGGAAAUCAAGUUCUCAUUACCUGAUGAGGAGGUUGAACAAACUGUGUUGAAUGAAAUGACCAAGGAAAUGAAAGGUGUUCUCAACAUGAAAGAUAAAAUGAAAAGGGAAAAGAACAAGAAUAAGGGAGGAAAAAGAUAUAACAAACGGAGAAAUGACGAUGGCAAUAAUUCUAGUAAUAAGCGAUUUAAAGCCAAUGGAAAUUAAUUUAAUUAUUUGUGUAUAUUUUUUUUUUUAUACAAUAAGGACCUACACAUGUUUAUCUUUAUAAGCUAAAAUUAAAGAUAACAUAUAAUUAUUAAAA